UGUUGUGAAAGCAUCGUGCAAGGAAUGCGGCGGCGGCAGGCAGGUCUGAACGUGAACUUCCGCAUUGGGCAGGAAGAAGGUUGUCAAAAAAAGAAAGAAGCAGCAGAUGGCCUAACGCUCGUCAACACACCCUAGAAAACUGCUCGCCGCUUUCUAACGGCCUCGUUCUGCUGGAUAACCUUUUUUUUUUUUUUUUUUUAAUCGAUGUCCACGACGCCUUUUUCUUAAAGGAUAUAUUCUUCCAUCCACAUUUCUAAACUGUACAUACAGACACAUUGGAAAAGAUGGACGACAUCGACGCCAUGUUCAGCGACCUGCUGGGCGAGAUGGACCUCCUGACGCAGAGUCUGGGAGAGUCUGAAGCGGCGCCGCCACCCUCGUCCGGAACCGAGGCCGAGCGGGAAGUCGACCUCUGUGUGGGCUCGACGGACCUCAAUGCAGCGUCUCUGAGCGAGCUGGAGGACGACGACUUGGACGCCCUGAUGGCCGACCUGGUGGCCGACCUCAACGCCACCGAAGAGAAGCUGGCCGCCGAGAUCGAGGGUCUGAAUGCGCCGCCGGGCGCCCACCCGUCCUCCUCAGGCCUGUCGCCCGCCACCGACUCCUCGUCCGACUUCCCGUCUCCGCCGCCGCAAACCAGCAAACCUUCCAUGGAGGAAAUUGAGGCCCAGAUCAAAGCAGAGAAAAUCAAGCUGGCUCUGGAGAAACUCAAAGAAGCCAAAGUGAAAAAGCUGGUGGUGAAGGUGCGCAUGAACGACGGCAGCUCCAAAACCUUGAUGGUGGACGAGCGGCAGAAGGUGCGAGACGUGCUGGGCAACCUCUGCGAGAAGACGCACUGCGACUGCAACGUGGACCGGAGCCUGUGCGAGACCAACGCCCAACUGCAGCUCGAGAGGACUUUUGAGGACCAUGAAAACCUGGUGGAGCCUCUGCUGGCCUGGACCAGGAACAGCGAGAACCAGAUCCUCUUUCGGGAGAGCCCAGACAAAUACGAGGUCUUCAAAAAUCCACAGACGUUCUACUUGUGGAAGAAGAACAAGAAGGCGUUAAAUGCCAUGAAGGACAAAGACAAGGAAAUCUUGAUUCAGGAGAACUUCUGCGGUGCAUCCGUCAUGGUGCCCGACCUGGAGGGGGUGCUGCACCUCAAAGAGGACGGCAAGAAGUCAUGGAAGCCCCGCCUCUUCCAGCUCAGAGCCUCCGGGAUUUAUUAUGUGCCGAAAGGCAAGACCAAGUCAUCUCGUGACCUGGUCUGCUUUGUGCAGUUUGACAACGUCAACGUUUACUACGGAAAAGACUUCAGAGCCAAACACAAAGCGCCCAACGACUUUUGCUUCGUGCUCAAACAUCCUCAGAUCCAGAUGGACUCGCAGUACAUCAAGUACUUGUGCUGCGACGAUGCUUGGACCAUGAACCUCUGGGUCACUGGAAUACGCAUUGCAAAGUACGGCGCCACCUUGUACGAAAACUACAAAACGGCUGAGACGAAGGUGGCCGUCGGUUCCGUGUGGGCCGACCGCAGUGUCACGUCAAGCCAAAACCAAUCACAGAGCCAGGUGGCCAACGGACACGCCCCCAAAACUCAAGCUUCUUCUCAGGACAACAAUAUGCCACCUGCACCUCCUCCACCUCCCCUACCAGGCGGCACCUCCCCCCCACCGGCAGCACCUGACCGCAGCUUCCCUUGCCCUCCCCCCCCCCCCCCUCCCGAGCAAAUCUUUCCCCAAACCCGUCCCCCAAGCGUGCCGCCUACCGACCAACUUCCCGCCGCCUCACGCCGCCAUGGGUGACCUCCCGCCUCCCCCCCCCCCACCAACCAUCGACGACUCCCCGCCGGACUUUCUCCCCCCGCCUCCUCCGGCAUCCAAUUUUGGCUCGCUCCCACCUCC